UGUAAAAGAUUAUGUUUGUUUCUUUUAGUUGGUGAGAAUGUGUUGCCGCAAACGCAACAAACAUCCACUAACUUUGAUGGCGUUUUCUGAGAGCACGACUGAGCCAUUUUGUACCGCUACACGUGUUUCUAGUCAGACUAUGUUUACAAGCACAAGAGUUCAGCGAGCCACCGAAGGACCGCCCUGCAGAUUUACUGUUGGUUCUGCAACGUAGGGAGUUUUUUAAACUCUGAAAUUGUAUCCGCCCAUCUAAACACAAAAUCAGGGAGAAACACAUCAGUCUUUAGUUAAGCAAAGUGUCUAAAGUCUGACUUGUGAGUCUAGUGUUAAGCACACAGGUGUGAAUGACAGAGGAAGUGUAUUUAAUUGCAAUUAAAUUUAAGCAGAAAUGAAUUUCAGGUUCUACAAAGUUUCUGUUCCCUAUUAAUGACUCCGGGAUCACUUAAAGAGUAAAAGGAUAACUAAUUUUCACCUUGGACCCUAUUUUCUUAGCCUGAGUGUCAGACUGAAGCUCCCACAACCUUCAGUCUGACAUCGCCGCCAUUGAAGCGAUUUACAAGGGGGAGGGAAUUUGAUUUUUUCCCUAACCAAUCAGUAGAGAUCAACGACUCACCCAGAACCUGACGUCAUUAGUAUCCAUGCCUCGGGGGUGCCGAAAACAAGCGAGCAUUGCCCGUUUAAAAUGUCUCCGUCGUCGUGCACGCCCAUCUGCAUCGCCGUUAAAUCCAGUUUAGCAGCUUCCUUAAUUUGGUCCUCCAUUAACGCGAGUAGUGGCGAAAUACCUUGAUAGCAUCGUCAAUGUGGUCUGUAGGAUCUGUAGCAGUCGCCAUUGUUGCUAUCCUCACCAGUUACCCACCGGCGUACAGCUUGACAUCAGCGUGGCGCUGAUUGGCGAAUCGUUAGACCCCCGCCGUUCAUUGGUCCGUCCAGCAUUUGGACGAGAUAAAUCGCAAAUUCAUUGAAGUAUGCCAGACCAGAGAUGCAAGCCUACUCAGUUGAGUGGGCGGGGUCUAUGGUCUGGAACCAGGCUACUAUUUUCUUAUUUUUUGUGUCUAAGUGACUCAUUAAGGCAAAUUUUUGGUCCAGUACCUUGGUGGCAUGGUGGUUAAGUGGUUAACAUUGUCACCUCACAGCAAGAGGAUUCUUGGUUUGAACCCAGUGUGGGGGAGCCCCUCUGUGUGGAGUUUGCAUGUUCUUUUCGUGUCUGCGGGUACUCCAAAGACAUUCCAAAAACAUGCAGAUUAAUUGGUGACUCUAAAUUGUCCGUAGGUGUGAAUGUGAGUGUGAAUGGUUGUCUGUCUCUAUGUGUCAGCCCUGCCAUAGUCUGGUGACCUGUCCAGGGUGUACCCUGCCUCUCGCCCAAUGUCAGCUGGGAUAGGCUCCAGCCUCCUGCAACCCCCAACAGGAUAAGUGGUUACAGAAAUUAAAGAAUGAAUGUCCAGCACCAAGUGAUAGUGGUGCAGCCGGCAGCUGUGAAACAGGCUGCAGUGUUAUCACUUGGGGCAAAUAUGCCAGUCAAUUUACAUCCACUGAAAGUCGUCGUUUUUGCCACUGACAGGCUCUGAUUGUUAUUGUGACAUUAUGAAGCAGAUCCCUACAGGGACAGACUUUUUUUGUUAAACAGAAUGAUCCUUUUUGUUUAACCAGAAACAGCCCUGAAAUUGCUAUCACCAGUCCCACCAACCUGCAUUUAAACAAACAGUAAUUUUAUCAUUGUAAAACACACUUUAUUCAGAGAUGACAGAAACAAAGCAAAACUCGAAAAACCUUCUUGGUUAUUUCAAUUUUCCCAACAAUUGUAAGCGCUGGUUUGAUUAAAAUAAACCUUAAAUUCACCCAAAUGUAAAAAUGUGCUCUCUCUAAGCAUGUUAAAAUGACAUUGUAUUUAAAAAGAUUUAAAAAGGAUCUUACUCUUUUACAAAAGUAUUGACCUCUGAUCUUUUCUAUAAUGUUGUCAGACACAUAAUGACAAUCUGAGCCUGUCAGUGACAAAAAUGAGCAUGUUUAGUGGACGUAAAUUGGCAGUGCACGAUCAUCCGCAGUGAUUACACUGCAGUCUGUUUUGCCACUGCUGGCUGCAGCCCUGUCAUUCAAUACUGGACCAGUUUCAAAAAUAGUUGUUCUUAUUAGUGACUUAGACACACAAACAUAGGGGAAUAGGUUUCAGGUUGAAGUUACCCUUCAAAGAACAGAUGAGAAGGUGUAUCCUAAUUAUUUAGCAAUGAUGUCAGUAACGUUCACACCAAUGGUUUAUCAAUAUCAUACUAACAUCAUAAAUGAAUAAAUCAAACAGAGGCGUUAUCCAAUAUAGAUUUACUGCUCCUAACAUCUUUCUACCUGUUGGCUACGAGGUACCUGCAGUGGCUGUUAAAGGAACGGUUUCUGAGAAAUUUAAUCCAUGUAUAAAUGAACUGCAGAGGACAAAAGCUCCCUGUAAGGGAUCACACCAUCUGUGUGUGUCUGCAAACUACUGAUACCUUCUGCUCAGUUGGAUUAAACAGUAAUAAGAGCACUUAUUCACUGGGGCUUGAGUGAUUGUAAACAAGACCGAACAGAAAUGGGGAGGCUUUACUGUUUCACAGUAGGAUUUUUCCUGCUUUCAGGUAUGUGCUCAUUUUUUGUGUUUAUUGUUUUAGGUACAGCACACUACUGGUAAAUAUUUGAUUCACAUGAUAGAUAGAUAGAUAGAUAGAUAGAUAGAUAGAUAGAUAGAUAGAUAGAUAGAUAGAUAGAUUUCUGGAAUUUUUUAAUAUUUCUCAGUCUGUUAUGAAGUACACAACCCUGCAGAUAAAUGUUGUAUUUAUCUGCAGUGACACAAAGUGCUGAGGACAUUUUUCUGAAUUCUCUUUGAUUUCUUUUUCACUUGCAUCUUAAAGUUAAAAUAGUUUAAUAGCUAUCAUGUUCACUUCAAAAGUAAGGCAUGCAAGCAGAAAUAUUUCCAACAAAUUUCUACUAAUUUUGUGUGAUGUCAAAAGAACAGAAAUAAACAGCUCCACUAAGUGACAGAGUAAAUCUAAGUCUUCUUCCCAGUGUGGCAGACUACUACCUUGUCUCUUUAGUAUGUAACAUAAAGAAAAAACUAACCGCAUACUGCUCUGUUAUUAUAAUUGGUUUCUUUUGCCUACCACGCUGUCUUUGAUCAUUUCUUUUAUGUUUUAAUAUCCUGUACAUUACAGGUGUUGUCAUCAUCUAAAGUGAUAACUGACAUGAUGAGACGUGAAAUCACCUUCGCAGAUUCAUUUAAGUGGCAAACCGAAACCGUAAAAACAUCUGACUUAAACAUUUUAUAUCUCAGCCAUCAGUCACACACUAAGGGGUGUCAACAUCAUUAACUUUCCCCCCUCGACUUUGUAUCUGCCACAACAGGGUUCAAAUUAUUACAGGAACCCUGUGGAGGCUUGAAUGUAAAGCAUCAAUUUUGCUUGCGUUUAACUGACUGUCAGAGACAUUACAGGGAACAUUUGCAAAAUGUUUAUGCAAAUACAACAUUGAUUAUUGGUGCAUCACUGAAUUACUGUGCUUCCGCCCCCCAACAGCACAUGUUGAGUCUGGGGGUGCGUUAUAUUUGGUACAAAUAAAUAACAACCAGCACUGAUAACUAUUUUUUGUCUCCAUCAUAUUGUUACUCCUAUCUGCAAAUAGACUGUACUUUUUGUACUGUGGCUGAAAUGCUUGAUGCAAAUACAGACAUCUAAAAAUAGUGCCUAAUUAGUAAGCAUCCUAAUUUAUCAGCUAACAACGCUCUUUCCAAGUUUCCACAAUCACUGACAGAGAUGAGCACAAAUUAAGUGCCGGCAAGACUGCUCCCUUCCAUCACCACAACAGUGUUAGAAAUGCAUCCGGUCUCUUUAAUGUGAGUUUGUGGAGUAACCUGACUCUUAUUUGUGUUGAAUUUUAAUUGACCUCCUGAUAAACUGUUUAUUUGGGAUAAUAACCUCCCAUCCCCCACAUUCUCAGUCUUGCAAUACAGCAAACAGCAAGAGCAAUCUGGCAAUCCUUUUAUAAUACUGUGACUAAUGUGAGUAAAUAUCUGAAAUAGUGCAGAAUUUUAAUUUGAAUGAACUCUUGAAAUGUAGUAAAUGUGACAGUGCAGCAUGGAUCUAAUGAAUCUCAGUUGUGCUCUAUGCUACAUGAUCAUUUUGGAAAGGACAGCUUGUGGGGAAGAAAUCUGAGUGACAUGAUGUUUUUUCUUUGUAGUCCAGGCAGAAAAAGAAGAUUUUCAAGGUUACCACGCAGAACAAACAAAAGGCACAACUGUCACAAAAGAUCUGCUUUUGAAAGAGGAAAACACAAUUGGUCAGGGCAUAGAAGCAGUACCUACAGAGAAUACACAUCAUCACACUGCAGUGGCAGUGGCUGCCAAGUUUCCAGAGGCGGUCUUGUUUGACACCAGACCAACGCCAUCAUAUGAGAGAACACAAAUCACAAAAGCAUCAGAUAUAUUUGGCUCAGUGAGCAGUUUUGUUUCCAGAAAUGGGCAAACCUCUCUCACAUCAACACGAGAUAAUCCAUCAGCCACGAGGUUUCACAAUGAAUCAGAACCCCCAUUGAUUUCUGAUUAUGACAAAAUCGUUUACUCUUCUACACGAGCUGCAUUUGAAUCAAAGAUGAAUGGGACCUUCGAGCCAGGGGUCUAUUUGUCCACAGAUGCAGUGAAAGCGUCCCUUUGGCUUCACACUCUGCUUGAUAACAGGAAUCAGAGAAACACUGACUCUAUUACUCUCACAUCUGCUGACAGAGGGCCGGGAGUUCCAAUCCUAUCUGCAUCUCAUCCUCGUGUAAUUGAUAACCUGGCUGUGCUGCGUAAUAACAAUGAUGACAAACGAUCUCAAGACAAGGAUAAUAAGGGGAUUUCAAACCUGGAUAGAAACGGGUAUCCGCUCAGUACUGUGCAAUCCAUUUUCCAAAGCAAUACAGCAGAAGAUUCAGUGAGAGGAAACACUGUGACAAACUUGUGUUUGACCUGCCAGAGAGAUCGAAGAGAAGUGUCCACUGAGAAAUCUGUGACUCUGCCUGCACUGUCACCUGAUGGCUCCUCAGACUCUCCUCGUAUAGAGGGGCUCACUUUCGAUUUCAGUCAAUUUACAACCUCAUUACCCAGUUUACAUCAGCAGUCGGUAGGAGAACAACAAGAAGAAAUGCUGAACAAAGACAUCAUUCAGAAAAGCAUUACCAAGCACUUCAGUUCUGAAGUGAGGGAACAACCAGUUUACAACCUGACUUUUCUCCCUUCACCCCCCAAUAAAACUGUGAAUCAUGGUCAAAACAUUUUCAAUAACUCCCAAAUCAAAUCUUUUCUCUCAGAUACUGAAACAGAUGCGUUUGACACAUUAUCUCUUGCUGAGAUGCCAUCAGCAACACAACAAAACACCUUGAAACAAUUGAGGCUGAUUUCAACAACCGCAGAGUUUUAUCGCUCAUCAAAGUCAGACUAUACUCUGGGGAAACAAGAAACGUUCAGAAAAAAGGUGAGCAUCUGGGACCCACAGUCAAAACUGACACAUUUCAGUAAGCAUAACAACACUUCCCACAGUCUCUCAACAAACUUCAAAACUGCAUUUGUCCAAAACAAACCUUUGGACUUCAAAAGCGGGUCAGUAGGCAAACCAGCUGACGUCACUGAAGCUCCACACAGCAGUCAGAAAAGUGUUUUUCCAGAAGGUAGUGAUCACAGCACUGCAUCACAUCCAACUGCAAGAAUGAGGUUGAUUGAAGCUCGUAGCACAACAGCAUCCUUCAGUCUUAGUAGGCCAACCACUUCUGAAGUCAAAAAUCCGGAGUCUCACUCUCUGACAGGAAGGGGUGAUUCAUUGUUCACUGUGUUGAAGAGCCAAACGCCAGCUCAACAAAGCUCCAAGACCAAAGACCCCAUAUUGACUUUGUUACUAAAGGAUUCUGGCAUCAAGUUUACAUCUGUAACAACAAAGAGACACCUGACAGAUGAGCAGGAUUCUCAGACAGUUAACAGUGUAAACAGCAUUGUUAAACAGUACUUUGUUGAUCCCUCAGGGCCAGCGAGUGAACCAGUUGUGAAGGAACCACAAACUCCAACCUUGACAAUGACAAAAGUUGUUGUGCCUGUGAAGUUGUUUCUUUCUGAAUCAAAACAAGACUUGGAUGAUGACGUGUCCACUUCAACUCUGACAACAAUAUCAAGCAAGACAUUCUUUGAGAGAAUGACAGCGAGCAGACUUUCAGGAAGUCAAUCAAAAAUCACUCAGGAGAGAUUGUUUGAUGUUAGCAAUGAUAUCAAUGUGGCACCGACACGCCAGUCUUUUCUAAAAUAUAGCAGAGAUUCACUAAUAGUCCACAAUCUGAAGCCAGGAGAUAAAAAUGAUCAGGUGUUGAUGGUAGUUGCAGAAGAUGAGGACAAAAAGAUAAUCAAGUUGGAGGGCGAGCAAGGUGAAGAAAUUAAAGAGACAGAAGAGAUAGUAAAGUUGCAGGACGAAGGCGAGAGCAGGGAUAAUGAAAAGUUGGGGAACAAAAGAGAAGAACUAUUUAGAUCAGAUAAGAUGGAGAGUGGAAAACAAGAAAAAAUAAUUAGCACUGGCGCAGAGAUAAAUCAAAACAGAGAGCGGGAGGAGGUUAAAAUGGAAGUGCAUGAGGCCGAAACAAGUAGAGAGGGAGGUGGAGGGACCAUAGGAGAGGAAGAUAUAACUUUGAGACAAGAGAAACAUGCAAGACAUGGGGAAGUUAGAGAUGAGGAAGGUGCUGGAAAAGGUGUGACUAAAAAAAAUACAAAGAAUUUCACAGAGGAUCUAGCUGAGAAGCAGAGAGCGCCUUUGACAAAAGAGGGAGCAGAGGCUAGAAGACAGGAAGCAGCAAGCAAGCAAGACACCAAAUGUAACAGGGAAACUGGGAGAGAGGACAUGACAAAUGUUCCCCUUGGACCUACUACUAAUUCGAAAGAUCUUAUGAGAGACAAAGGGCACACUGUUGCAAACCUGUCUUCUUGCCAUAGUUUGAUUAAACAGUUGAGAGUCCCUGAACACAAUGGCAUUCAUCCCAGUGAACAUGUUGCACAAAUUGUGGAAAUGAAAAAUAAGCCAUUUUCCUACAAAGUGACAAGCAAUCACAGACCACUGCACUCAACUCUGAGAUCUCAAAGCCCGAAACUAUCAAGAGUGACAUCUUUCCCCAAAGAGACAAGCACACGGAUUAAACUGUCCACCCAUAUGUUUACAAAGCACAGCCCUACGUCUUCACUUACCAAAGGAAGUACUCAGGUCAAAGUUGUUGAGGCUCCAUUUUCUGUGACUGCCAUACCAAAACUGGCCCCAAAACUCUCUCUGGUGUUUGGAAUUAGCACCUCAAAGAUCAGCGAUGCACUGAAGCCGACAAGUUCCCUGCACAGCAGUGCAUCUAAAUCAACUGUACUAAAAAGUAAUAUGCUGCCACCCACCACCCCACGAUUGGCAAUCACGGCAGAGCUCCUCAGAGCCAAGCCCCACAUUACAGUAAAUAGCUCUACUCUCAGUCUAUCAAUUCUUUACAGCAUCUCAGAUCAUAGGAAUAAAUUCAGUACUUUGGAUUCAGAGGCAAAUUCACUUUUACAGAAUCUGAAUGAGAGCGAGCGUGUAUACAUUAUGCCAGCACGUGUAUCUGAAUCCAAUGUCAAGGACCCUUUAACCUCUGUGAUGAUUGAGAAAGUAAAUACAUCCACUUCAAUGAAUUCCACACCAACCCAGCGGAUGUAUAAUGACUCAUCUGCCAAGCCACCCACAGCCAAAGCCUUAUCAUCUGUGGCCCACACCUCCAUAGACCUGCCUCACCAAAGGCAAUCUGCCCCUCAGACAAAUCAGCCCGCCUCCUCCGCCUUUGGCAUGACUUCAGGCCAGCCACGCUCAUUUAAACUGUCAGCGCAGACAGCCCACUCAGAUGCUUUGCAUGGUCCUGUUGAUGAUAACGAGCAGAGAUCUGUGCAGACCCUAAUGGCAUCGAUGAGCCCUAAAGCGGAGAACAAUCAAUUUCCUCUCAGCAGCAUGUCACUGCUGCCAAAUCUCAUGCUGUUUGGAGAUGACAGUUUACCUGGCACCUAUACCCUGACAGGACUAACAAGAUCAGCCUCUGACAAAGAGAUACUGAGGGCCAACUCCGAUGCAGGAUAUGCAAAUAGUGAAAGUGGCCAUGCUGAGAUCUUGUUAGGAACUGCUGAGGAGACAAAUCAAACUGAGAAUGGCAGCAUGCAAAAUAUGGUGACCUCGGGAGUAAAACAUUCAUAUGUAGUCACAAAGCAAAUGUCAGAGAGCAGAGAUGAAAUGAGCGGGUUCCCUUUAAAAGAACAAACCACUGGCAAGGGUGAACGCUAUGCUAGUAACACUGAGGGAUUCAACUCUUUGUCUGCUGAGAAACUUGCAGUAUUAAGCACUAAUGAGGACAAACACAAUGACCUGUUCAGUGUAGAUGGCAAUGAUGUUUCAAACAAGACAGUGAAAGCUACCCUUGACAGUAAUCAUUCUCAGUUAGGAGGUUAUAAAAAAACAAGUGCUCAGCUUAUCAUGCUUGCAAUUCAGACCACCCACAAGAUGGAGGAGGCAAUAAAUGAGGAUUUUUGGUCUGUUACAAAUGAUUCUGCUGUCCCUGUGCUUGACACAAAUGAUCCAACUGGCACCACUGCAUUUGUCGAGUCAGAUAGUCUGCCAGAAAUACCCCAAAUUCAGGCUAAUGAUGUGACUAACAAUGCUAUUUCUGAUAUAGAGCAUCACACAGCAAAAACAAUUGAAAAGCAGCAUGAUCCCUCCACACCACAAGACACUGCAGGUAACAGCGCUGUCUCUCUUCCACAAAUCCAUUCUGAAAAUGACCUUAAGGUCCCUAUUAUAACCACACAGCAGAUUGCUGACCACAUAAUGAAUGUUACUUCCGAAAUUCAAAUAACCACAACUAAAACCAAUGAUUUUGUGUCACUUGGACCAACUGCCAGCGUAAGCAGUCUUAUUGUCUCCAGAGAAGUUCAUGAAUCAGCACAGACUAUUCCUAAGAGUGUGCAAGUUGUUAUUGAGAGAUCAUCUCAGGUUGCACAUACUGACCUUAUGGUACAGCCCAAUAGUUAUAUUGGGCCUUUGCCCCUGAGGGAGCCUCUCAUAACCGGCAAUACUGGCAAACUCAUGCCUGCUGUGAAAAGAAGAAACACAACAGAGCGUGAAAUUUCUGUAAGAGCAAUAGAACCGAGCCAGCAUGCCCAACCUGGUAUGAUUGCAAUAACACGUGCUAUCAAGGACCCGGCACAGAGCAUCCAAACAGGUUUGUUAAAAGCUGCCCACAGAGAUGGAGGGAUAUAUAACACAACAUCUACUUUGGCUGAAAAAUUUGAAUCUUCACCAUUUGAUGAGAUCAAAGCAUUGACAACAAAGAGCGCUUCUGAAGCUGAACACCCUCCACAUGAGAAGACUCCUACAGUACUGGUCAGAGGAGAACAACAAGAGCUGCAUGCAUUACCUGAAAAGACCUCAAUAAGUCAAAGAAUACUUUGGGCUGUGACUGAUUCUGCAAAACCCACAGGGAUCACACCUAGAGAGAAUAAAACCAGCUGUAGGAGAACUGGCUGCGCUAACUCAGGCGUGACAAGUGAAACAACAAUUGGAGCAGGCGAGAUUGAUCAUACCGCUCUAGAGAAAAUGUAUAAAACGAAGGCCGGAAACACAGAGGGAGAUCGUUUUAAUGCGGCACACGCUCCUGUCACAAAACUAGGAAAUGGCAGCUGUGGCACUGACUGCCGUGUACCUGAAGAAGCCACACCACAGGCCAUCUACCACGACUAUGCAGCUCUUUCACCAGCCACCAGUAAAUCUGAUGACCACGCCACUGUUGAUGAGAGUACGCCACAAAAUGCCAAGAGUAUGACAAAUGAAACUUCAACAAGAACAGAAACGGAUCAUUUAGAGAGACAUGAGGAACUUGAGCAGGCUCAGAUUGUAGAAAAAACAACACACCCUCACAGACAGACCUCUAAAGCCCAGGAGGCAGUGGCAACAGAGGUCACACUAUCUGAACCUGCACCAACUACUGUGCAGACCACAGAAAAGACAACUGAGCGGAUACUGCUUGCUGAAAAACAUAUAAAAACUCAAUUAAAUAGAGGAGCAGCCAAAGCUGAGAUAUUCGAGGCACAAAAUGCCACCAGGUCAGCACGUGCUGUGGCAGUACAGGAGUCGGGGCGCAGGCUGUUACUGCUGGAGCCACAGUCUGAGUCAGAGCUGCUGAAACACAGGAGACGGACCUCACCUCAUCUGUAUCUCUCUGGUGUAACAGAAGUUUCAGAUGACCUGUGUGGCAGUGGGAACUACACAGCAGAGAUGAGUCUGAACCUGGGAAGAGGUGUAGAGCCUGGUGAUGCUGUGCCUGCCCUGGGGAACCUCAGAGUGGUUAUCAACCUGAAGACAAAUAACAGUCGGAUAAACCUCGGGGUCACCUCCUGUUGCUUGUCCCCGACCACUAAGCCUGACCUCAUCAACUCCACCUGCUGCCUUUUCUCCAGGUUAGCAGCAGAGCCAGCGGGGAUCACGCUGCUGCCCAGUGCCCUGUCAACCAGUGCCAGCUUCACCAUCAGUCUCUUCCAAAUGAUUAAUUACUCAGUAGUGUACCUACACUGUGAUCUCAGUGUCUGCCUGAGAAACCGCUCUGACUGUGAAAGGCAAUGCCUCCAGCAGAGGAGUGCAUUUCCCUCAGAGGAUCCAGAGGCUGUUGUCACCAAUCUCAGGAAUCGCAUAUCCUUCGGUCCCAUGUUGAAAGAAGUUAAGAAUUCGACCUCCUUGGAGGAGAUAGACCCCCCAGAGCUGGACCUGGUUCUGGUCAUCGUCAGCCUGGUGGUUGGCUCCUCUCUUGUCACAGUGACGCUGCUGCUGGUGUGGCUGGCCUACCGUCGCCGUGCAAUCUGGCUGCUCCACUCUGCAGCUCCGCCACGAGCCUGCUGCGGCUGCCUGCACCCAGGAGGAGGUGACCUGGUCCUACCGUGACCAAGGAGGAUCCACUGCCAAUUACACUGAUCAUGUCCCCACCAAAAUAGCUGCCGACAAUUGCAUUAGUCAACAGACAGUGGAGCAGUCAAUCGUAUUAACCGUAGAGCAGAGGCGGACAGUCGCAUCAGCCGGUACAGGCCAGACUAGAUGAUGAGGUGCAAUCCAAUUCACACCUCCUCUCAUAGGUGACACAGCUGUUGCAGUUGAAUUCACUCUUAGCCAUUGACAGUCUAUUAUCAUUCACUGAAAAUAAACACCAUCCUAAAAUAGAAAAGCUGCUCUGAUCCCUUUAUUUUCCCUCAGUGGCAACAAAUCGAUACACUUUGUCUCCCACUUUGAGAUUGAUAGCUCGUUAAUACUGGUUUAAUAUAAUGUAUGCAUUCGUGGCUUGACAGUUAUAUUGAGCCGCUGUGAUCGACUGUUUAGGGAGAAUGUCUCCCAUCGGGUUAGGAAAAUUCAGGCGCAUCUAUUAUCACAAGAGAAUGUACAUAAACCCCCUGCAAUGGUGGCUAUCUAUUUAAAUGUCCAAUCAAAAUGACAAAUCAUAUUGCAUCAGUAUGUCAUAAUAUGAUUUGGCAAGCAAUGUAACUUGAUCAUUAAUCAUUGUCCACCAUUUAAUAACUGAAUGAAUAUAUAGAUAUAGCAGUUCUCUUGGGAGGAAUUCUUGAUCAUUACUAACUUUGACUUUAAUCCAUGCUCUGUAUCUCUGACUUGGAUCCUUGAGCAGUGCAAUGAAAGUAUAUAUAAUGAGAAAAGAUGUCUGUUUCUGUUAUUUCUCACAUCAUAUACCUUUAUCCAUUACUACAUGUAAGUUAUCA